CUCCCUCGCACGCGUCACCGGUUAAACUACAUUUCCCAGAAGCCCUCUGGCCGGGACGGACGGUCAUGCGGAUGGAAACAGGAGUGGGCAUCCGCUGCGCUGCUCGAAGGAAAAAGUUCGAGGAAAGAUGCACGAAGAGGAGGAUGGCAGCGAAGCCCCCUCCGGCCCUGACCCGCGGCCAGCGGCCUUCAGGUCCGUGGAUCUGACCGACGUCGCCGGGGCGAAGGACCAGGCCUCCAAGCUGUGCGGGUACUUGAACAAACUGUCCGGCAAGGGGCCCCUCAGGGGCUACAAGCCCAGAUGGUUCGUCUACGAUCCCAGGAAAUGUUACUUGUACUACUUCAAGACUCCCCACGACGCGCUGCCCCUCGGACACAUCGAGAUCGGCGACGCGUACUUGACCUACGACGUGGAGGGGGAAGAGGGCCAGUUCGAGAUCCGCACCGCCGGGAAGGAGUUCCUCCUGAAGGCGCCCACCAGGCAGGUGAUGCACUACUGGCUGCAGCAGCUGCAGCAGAAGCGCUGGGAGUACAGUAACAGCGGGCAGAGGGACAGCUGGAGCUCCCCCACGCUGGCCGGCCCCCCCACCGGCCUCGUAGGCAAAGAUAACGAUGCCUUCCUGAUUGAAAAACCCUGUGAAAGCAUGGAGAAGGUCCGGAGUGACUUCGCCAUGGAGACCGAGUCUGAUGCUGGAGGAAUGGUGGGAGUCCAUUCAGCCAAAGGACAGUCUGCUGGAUCCACAAGCCCCCUCAAUUUCUCACUGAGAAACUUUGGUACUGAGCUCAGGAACUCCAUGUCUUAUCUGCGGCAGGGCAGAGCCGGGGAGAACAGACGCAGUGUGUUUUACACCAACAGCAACAGCAGUUCAGAGGAGUGGGAGAUGGUGGACGCUCCAGCCAAAGACUUUCCUGAACACAAACAUCAUCCAGAGGCUCACAGGCAUUCCUUCGGAUCCUCGUUCACUUUUGAUUUUGUGCGCAACUCCUCCCGUCCAAAGCGGCCCCUGCUGCGGGACAUGAUCGGAACGGGGAGGUUUGGACGCAGCGCUGAGGCGCGCGGCCCCGAGAGCGCAGCGCUGGAAUGUAACGGCAGCAAAACUUUGGACCCGCAGCUCCGCUUUCAGAGCCAGCAGGAGGAGCUGAGCCAGAUGCGGCUGGAACAAGUCAGACUCACAGAAGAGCUGGCCAGCCAUAAGGAGCUGGUGAGACUUCUGCAGCAAACACUACGAACCUCGCAGUGCGACAGGCCCACGGUGUGCCGUCCGGCUCCGGACCCGGCCGCAGACCCAGACCAGAGCCAAAGGACGGCCCUCACCCAGGAAGAGGUCGGUCAGCUGGAGGCGCUGCUUCAGGAGAGAGACGGACAGAUCCCGUCCCUGUGCGGCCACAUGGAGCGCCUGUCCCUGGAAAAGGAGAGCCUGCAGCAGGAGCUGAAGGGCCUGAAGAUCAAGGUGGGGGAAAUGAACGACCGGCUGGGCAUGCUGAUGGAGACCAUCCAGGCCAAGGAUGAGGUCAUCAUGAAGCUGUCGCAGGACUCGGAACUCGGCGGGAAUCCGGGGGAUGGCGGUUCGCCCCCCCACAAAGAGCAGCAGGAGCUGGACAUCCUCAAGGACAGUCUUCAAGGUUACAAAUCCCAGAACAAGUUUCUGAACAAAGAGAUCCUGGAGCUGACCGUGCUGCGGCGCAAUGCAGAGAGCAGAGAAAAGGCUCUAGAAGCAAAGGUACUGACUGCUGUUCAGGUGCUGCUGCUGAGUGAUUCCACCGUCAGAAAUGUGGUCUUGAUGGCUUGCACGGCUCUGGAGGCCAAGUUGUGUCAGGUGGAGAGCAAGUAUUUGGUGCUGCUUCAGGAGGUGAAGACCCCGGUGUGCUCGUCCUCGGAGCAGAACCCGGCCCGCGAGGUCAUCUCCAGGCUGCUGGAGGACGCGCUUCAGGCCGAAAGCCCGGACCAGCACGAGCAGCAGAUCUUCAAACCAAACACAGUCAGUGAGUACGACGUGUUCGGUUUUAAGACGGUGCCUGAGGAGGAGGAAGAGGAGGAGAGGCUGAUCGCGAAGGUUCGGGCCCUGGAGCUGCGCUCCCUGUCCAUGACCGACCAGGAGGUGUCCAUCGGAGUCAAGUGGGAGAACUUUCUGACCAGCACGAUGAACAGAGAGCUGGUGCGCUCGCCAGAGCUGAAGGCUCUGAUUCGCUGCGGUGUCCCCCACAAGCACCGCUCCCAGGUCUGGCGCUGGUGCGUCUCCUUCCACGUCAAGAAGUUCCGGGACCACCUGGCGCCAGACUAUUACGAGACCCUGCUGAACGUGGCCCGGGGGAAGCCCAACCCGGCGUCCAAGCAGAUCGAGCUGGACCUGCUGCGGACCUUGCCCAACAACAAGCACUACGCCUCCCCGAGUGCGGCCGGCAUCCAGAAACUCAGGAAUGUCCUGCUGGCUUUCUCCUGGAGGAAUCCAGAUAUCGGCUACUGUCAGGGGCUCAACAGGCUCGCUGCAAUUGCCUUGCUCUAUUUAGACCAAGAGGAUGCCUUUUGGACCCUCAUAGCCAUAGUGGAGGUCUUCAUGCCAAGAGACUAUUACACCAAGACCCUGCUUGGUUCUCAGGUGGACCAGCGCGUGUUUAAGGAUCUGAUGAGUGAGAAGCUGCCACGCCUUCACGCCCACUUUGAGCAGCACAAGGUGGAUUUCUCCCUCAUCACCUUCAACUGGUUUCUGGUGGUGUUUGUGGACAGCGUGGUGAGCGACAUCCUCUUUAAGAUCUGGGAUGCCUUUCUGUUCGAAGGACCAAAGAUUAUAUUCCGAUUUGCUCUCGGCCUCUUCAAGUACAAAGAAGAGGAUUUUCUGAAGCUGCAGGACUCCACAACCAUCUUUAAAUAUCUUAGAUGCUUCACUCACACGAUCCUGGAUUCCAGGAAGCUGAUGAGCAUCGCUUUUGUUGACAUGAACCCGUUUCCCAUGAGGCAAAUCCAGAACCGCCGUUCCUUUCAUUUGGAAAAAGUCCGGCUGGAGCUGACGGAGCUGGAGGCCAUCCGACAGACCUUCCUCAGGGAGAGGGACACGAGUCAGGAGAGAGGGAGCUUCGUCAGUGAUGAUGAUGAGGACAACUGACGUCAAAUCUGUUUCCCUGAAUGGCUCGCUCAAGAAGGAAGACAAACAAAGCAUUUCAUUGAUGUUUUGAAGUGGUUGAGGGUGUUGUUGGCUUCAUUUCGUCUUCAGAGUUGGUCUCUGCAUCAGAGCUGGAACAAUGAGCCUUGUCACGUGAUAUCAAAGGACCAAAAAAUAUCAGUAUUCCUGCCACUUUUUUACAAAUAUAUGUUUUUUUUCUCUUUUCUUGCUGUAUGCUUUUGUGUUUAUAUAAUUGACAACAGUGAGCUUCUCUUUACAAUCCAAAUCAGUAUUUUCACACGGCUGUGACUUUUUUAUGGUUGUUGAUUUUUAAGCACUGUAUGUCUGAAUUAUUUUCCUUCUGGAGCCCUUCCUCCCUCCAAUAAUUUCUUCCGAUCAACAUCAAAUACAUUUCGGUCACUGAUGCUGAAAUCAAAACUUUGUUUCAUCAUCUUGCCUUAAAAAAACUUCCAUCAUUGAGGUAAUUUUAAAGUGUUGCAAAAAUUGUGAGAACCACUGUUGUCUUUUUGUUUUUAAAAUUUUGUAUCCAUUGUUACGUUAUCAAAUCAUUUAAAACAACUUUGAUUGUUUACAUGUCCCCAAAGACUCUUUGGAAGUGCAAGUGUUUCGCUCUUACAUUGGUAUUCGGCUUUCUGUAACAGCCAAUGACUCGGGAGUAAUUCGUAUAGUUAUUCCAGUCAAAGCCACCCACUAUUGGAUCCCUUCAGACCACCUGACCCACGGACAGCUCUGAUGGGUCUCUCUGUGUUUCGGUGCGCUUGAACCUCCCUGAGCUGUAUCGAUUAACUCAGUUCUUGCUGAAUGCUCAGAGAAGUAGUGCAUUCCUGAAUGCUGCAUUUGUUUUUCUGAAAAUGCUGGUGUAAUUUCAUGGAUUGUCCUCACAGGGGCAGUGUGCCAUUUGUGGAGUGUUUACUCAGCUCACGGGUACCCUGCACACAGUGGAGCUGUAGCUUUUUGGAAAUGGAUGUGAAGUCAGUGAGUCGACGUGUUUGUUGAAAGGGAAGCAUAUCACUCAAUCAUUGGGCACGUGGAAAAUGCUCUGCAUUACCUGUAGUUUUAUAGUCUUAAGCCCUGACUCCUUACUCUGAACCAAAGUGUUCAAGUUGAUGCAGCUUAACAUCUGUUGCGAGCCUCUUGCUCAGGAUGAGAGAGAAAAUCUCUCACAGUUUUCUUUGAUUGUUUAAUUUCCUCAUGCUGAUGGGUUUACAGAGAUCCUUUCCCUGUCAAUGCCAAACUUUAACCACUUCUGUGAAUUGAAUUUAAACUGAAGCGCAGUGGUAGGAAUUUCAUUUGUAUCCAUUCAUGGGAGCAGGCCUCUCUUGAAAAUGUCCAACCCCCUAUAUUCUCUUUCUCAUUUGACCGCCCUUGAUGUUAAAAUGGUCAAGCAGUAGGCUUCAGUGUUUACUCCAUGCACAGCUUUUCCCGCACAAGUUCUUUGUUUGCAUUUAUGUUUUCCUCUUUUUCACGUUCAGUUACGAUGUUCAUGACAAAUAAGCUACAUUUACCUUUCCGGCCCGUUUCUCUUUUCCUCUUUCCUUUCUCUUUUUCCUGCAGUGUAUUGCACAAGUUUGGUGACAAGAUGAACUCAGAAUAUUAUUGGGCACUUCACUUUUUUUCUAUGUUUAUCAGUCUUAUUAUGUUCAUUAUUAUUCAGUUUAGUGAUGACAAGUCCAUAGCUUGUACGUUAAAGAUUUAAGCAUAAACCACUCUGUUUUUUGUAAAAAAAUUGAAUUUUAAGAUUCAAUAAACAUUGGCUGACU